UAAUACGGGGAACAGAGCGUUUACACUAUUUCACGACAGUUUCGGUUGCCGUACGACAGAAGCCGUGUUUGGAAGCAACGUGGAGUUGUUUACUAUUCCUGACAGCCCUUUCGGCUUAAAAACAGAUGUAAUUCCGCCGACAAGCAUCCACCCGUUGGAAAUUUAACGGUGUGCCUAAAGGAAAUAAUGGGGAAGCCAAAGAAAAAGAGUGAUCUCAGCCGAGCUGAGCUGAUGAUGAUGACCAUUACGGAUGUCAUUAUGCAGCUGGUUGAAGCCCAUGAAGAUGGCAAAGACAUCAAUCUCAACAAAGUGAAGACUAAGACUUCAGCGAAAUAUGGACUUGAAGCCCAGCCUCGAUUGGUAGACAUCAUCGCUGCGGUUCCACCACAGUACCGUCGUGCUCUGGUGCCCAAACUAAAGGCCAAACCCAUCCGUACUGCCAGCGGGAUUGCAGUGGUGGCUGUAAUGUGCAAACCACAUCGAUGUCCACACAUCAGCUUCACGGGCAAUAUCUGUGUCUACUGUCCUGGUGGACCAGACUCAGACUUUGAGUACUCCACACAGUCGUACACUGGCUAUGAGCCGACGUCCAUGAGAGCAAUCCGAGCACGCUAUGACCCCUACCUUCAGACCAGACACCGGGUGGAGCAGCUGAAGCAGCUGGGUCACAGCGUGGACAAGGUGGAGUUCAUCGUGAUGGGCGGGACCUUCAUGGCUCUGGCUGAGGAGUACAGAGACUACUUCAUCAGGAACCUACACGACGCCCUGUCAGGACACACCUCCAACAAUGUGGCUGAGGCCGUCAGGUACUCGGAGCGCAGUAACACCAAGUGUGUGGGAAUCACCAUCGAGACGCGUCCCGACUACUGCCUGAAGCGACACCUCAGCGACAUGCUGGGCUACGGCUGCACCCGGCUGGAGAUAGGAGUCCAGAGUGUGUACGAGGACGUGGCCCGAGAUACCAACAGAGGCCACACGGUGCGAGCUGUGUGCGAGUCUUUCCACCUUUCGAAGGACGCCGGCUUCAAAGUAGUCGCCCACAUGAUGCCAGAUCUGCCUAACGUGGGCAUGGAGAGGGAUGUGGAGCAGUUUAUUGAGUUUUUUGAGAAUCCAGCUUUCCGGCCCGAUGGUUUGAAGCUGUAUCCAACGCUGGUGAUCCGAGGUACGGGUCUGUAUGAGCUGUGGAAGACGGGCCGGUACAAGAGCUACACACCCAGUGCCCUGGUGGACCUGGUGGCCCGAAUCCUGGCGCUGGUGCCGCCCUGGACACGAGUCUACCGCGUGCAAAGGGACAUCCCCAUGCCGCUGGUGAGCUCCGGAGUGGAGCACGGCAACCUGAGAGAGUUGGCACUGGCGCGGAUGAAAGAUAUGGGCACUGAGUGUCGAGACGUGAGAACACGAGAAGUGGGCAUUCAGGAGAUUCACCACAAAGUCCGACCUUAUCAGGUGGAGCUGGUGCGGAGGGACUAUGUGGCGAACGGCGGCUGGGAGACUUUCCUGUCCUACGAGGACCCGGAGCAGGACAUCCUGAUUGGCCUGCUGCGCCUGCGUCGCUGCUCCCCUCAGUCCUUCCGUCCAGAGCUGAAAGGAGGCGUGUCCAUCGUCCGCGAGCUGCACGUGUACGGCAGCGUCGUCCCCGUCAGCAGCCGAGACCCCAGCAAGUUCCAGCAUCAGGGUUUUGGAACGAUGCUGAUGGAGGAGGCGGAGAGAAUUGCCAGAGAUGAACAUGGCUCCAGCAAAUUGUCUGUUAUCUCAGGUGUAGGAACAAGGAACUACUACAGGAAGAUGGGCUAUGAGUUGGAGGGGCCGUACAUGGUGAAGGACCUGUAUGGACCCGGAAUGGACUGAACCCUGGACUAUGUUUUUACCUGGACAGUGGAUACAGACGGACACACACACACACACACACACACAUUAUUGUAUUUAUCAUCACAAUUCUGGGGACACGAUUGAUGUUUUUUCCCUGUGAAACGUGUUCUGUUUUCUUAGCAUCAGGAGAUAAUGGUUGGGGGGGGGUUUCUGCCAGGCGCUGCUUUUUUUAUCUGGUACACACCAGGAAAUGCUGUUGCAUCUCCUCCGCUUUAUUUUAGAUAAGGAGACGGUGAGUGUGGGUGUAAAGAAUAAAGUGAAGUUAUUUGGGAUGAAGCCAGAACAUCUUGUGGACGAGGCUUUAAGUUUAAUUUGCAAACAUUAUUCACUGCUACUGUAAAAGAAAGGUCACCAGUGCCUCGUCAAUGAACUCGGCUUCAAAGAGCUGCACCGAUUCAGUUUGACAAGAAAUGAGAAGAAUCCUGCUGAGACAUUUUUAAUUCCACCCAAAUGUUACAUGUGUCUGCUAAAGACUGAUCCGAAUGUCUGGGUAACACAAAUAGUUUGUGUGGUUUCGUCUAGGAUUAGAAAACUGUUUAGCAUCACGCUUGAGUUAAUCAUGUUUAUGUUGCAAUUAAAUUGAAAACCCAUUAUGUGUCAAGCGUUCGUUAAUGGUUGGCAGAGGAUGAAUGAACUGCGGGAAGUGUCCUCGCUGGGCAGCCGUUGUAUAAUUGCACAAUUUUGAUUUAUAGGGCAGGAAAUUGAAUAUUAGUGUUACAGAAAUUGCUUUUUAAAACCCCACAGUUAAUCCUAUUGCUUGUGUUUUUGUCAUGCGUUCUUGGGCUUCAUGUAUUAUGGUACAUUCCAGAUGUUGAGCACAUCACAUGACCAGUUUCUUC